AUGAUGUCCUUAAGCGUAGACCACUACCACGAUGAGCCUGAUGAGGUCCUGAACAACUUGAAUCGCUUCAUCGAAGUGGAAAGAAAGCGAGAGCCACUGGUGACAAGACUGUGCGGCCUGCCACUCCAAAAGUUGUUUUCUUCAGGAAUGCUAUUGCUUUUCAUUCUUUUACUUUUACUGAUGGGGUCCAGAAUACACAUUCCUGCUCCCAAAUCCGUCGAUACUACUACUAGUGCAACUUCAGAAACUUCAGAAACACCAGAAACCAUGGAGAUCUUUGGCGAAACCUACCGAGUGGCCAACAUGAUUGAAAUGAAUCGCUACAAUCUUAAGCUCGAGGGAACGAUCCCCUGCAAUGAGAUUGGGCUCUUUAAAACUCUAGUUUUGCUGAAUUUGGGGAAGAACCAACUUUCCGGAUCGCUGUGUUCGGAACUCGGCUUGCUGACCCAUUUGAAAAUCUUGAACCUCAAAGACAACCAGUUUACCGGAAGCAUUCCAAGUGAGUUGGGUCUAUUGACCCAUUUGGCAGAGCUGGACUUGCACAAAAACAAGUUUGUAGGCAGUGUACCCAACAAUCUAUGCUCCAAAUCGACGAAUCUACAAUCCAUACAUGUGGACUGUGAGCCACAUCCAUUUCCCAUAGAAUGCUCGUGUGAACCACAAUGUGCAUGUCAAUAA